CCCGUAUUGCGUGCACGAGGAUUCGUUCACGGCACCUGAACCACGGCUGUUGGUUCAGGGCCGUUUGCGCGCUCCCGUCACAACAGGAAAUAUGGCGGCGCUCAUGACACUCACUCAGUUGUCCAGUGGGAACCCUGCAUAUGACAACUAUUACAGACAGUUGGACCCAGGACACACGGGUAAAAUUUCAGCUGUAGAUGCAGCUCAGUUCCUUAAAAAGUCAGGCCUGCCAGACACUAAACUUGGGAAGAUUUGGGACUUAGCUGACUCUGAAAGAAAGGGAUAUCUAGAUAAAAAGGGUUUCUUCAUCUCUUUAAGACUAGUAGCCUUAGCACAAAGUGGACAUGACGUCAGCCUUAACAAUCUAAGCCAAAUUGUAGCUGCACCAAAGUUUAGAGACACUAGUAGUCCUUUAGUUGGUGCUUCAACAACAACAUCUGAUUCACACUGGGCAAUAAGGCCUGAUGAAAAAGGGAAGUUCGAGGGCAUUUUUGAAAGUCUCACUCCAGUUAAAGGUGUUCUGUCGGGGGACAAAGUCAGACCAGUUUUAAUAAACUCCAAGCUACCUCUGGAUGUGUUAGGAAAGAUUUGGGACCUGAGUGAUGUCGAUAAAGAUGGACAUUUGGACAAAGAAGAGUUUACAGUGGCUAUGCAUCUGGUAUAUCGAGCCAUGGAGAAGGAGCCUGUCCCUGUCACCUUGCCUCCUUCUCUUAUUCCUCCAUCUAAAAGAAAGAAAUCUGCGGUUGCACUCCCUGGUGCUGUGGCUGUGCUGCCCUUUCUCUCUGGGCUCUCAGGAAGCCCGGCUCCUCUCCAAGAGGCUUUACGUCCCACCGCAGGUCUGAGCAGCACACCCCCCCUCAGUAUAAGCAGCGUGAGCCUGUCUCCAAAACACUCCUUUAAAUCCAGCUCCCAGCCUGCAGUGAACUGGGUUGUACCUGUGGCGGACAGAGAGCGAUACAGCAACAUUUUCAAGCAAACGGACACAGACAACGACGGACUGGUAAAUGGUACCGAGGUGAUAGAGAUCUUCAUGCAGUCCAACCUCUCACAGACAAUGUUGGCCCAGAUAUGGGGACUGGCUGACACCAAACAGACAGGGAAGCUGACCGAGGAACGGUUUGCUCUGGCCAUGUAUCUAAUACAGCAGAAGGUUAUCAAUGGCAUCGACCCUCCCUCCACCAUCAGUCCAGACAUGAUUCCUCCCUCAGACAGGGACAGCCUCAGCUCCACAGGACCUGCAGAGCUGACGGGCAUCAAAGAGCUGGAUGACCUCAGUCAGGAAAUAGCUCAACUGGAGAGAGAGAAAUUUAUCCUGGAGCAGGAGAUAAAAGAAAAAGAGGACGCCAUCAAGCAAAAAAACAGCGAUGUUCAGGAUAUGCAGAUUGAUUUGGACAGAGAAAGCAGCAGUCUCCAGGACCUGGAGUCUCAAAAGCAGGACUCCCAGGAACGUCUGGAAGAAAUGGACCAGCAGCGCUCAAAACUCCAAGGAAUGGUCAAUGAUGUCAAGCUGAAGUGUCAGGAAGAAUCACAGCUGAUUUCCUCUCUGCAGAAUCAAAUCCGCUCUCAGGAGAUUGACCUCCAGAGCCAAGAGGACGAAAUGAGACGCACGAAGGCUGAGCUGAGCCGGCUUCAGGAGGAGGAGGCCCAGCUGGAGCAGAGCCUCCUCUCUGGCCGCGUCCAGCUGGACAGCAUCGUCAAGUCGCUGAAAACCACUCAGGAAGAGAUCAAUCAGGCUCGCAGUAAGUUGUCUAUGAUCAAAGAUACCCAAACUGAAGUGACCAAGACCAUUGAGCAGUACAACUCAGCUUUAAGGGACAUGAGCGACGGAAACUUCAGCAACCUGCCAGACUUAAGUGAGGGGUUUGCUGCAAAGACGAAUGGAGGUUUCAGGAGUGCGGAUGAAUCUUUCAAGUCAAAGAUAGCCAUGUUCAACAGCAGUGCUGCUAAGGAGGUUCCUUCAGAUCCCUUCUUGAGUGAAGAUCCCUUUAAGUCCGACACUUUUAAAGAUCCAUUUGGAGACCCUUUCAAACAAAAGGAUCCAUUCAAAGGCACCUCAUCUGAAGACUUUUUUAAAAAGACAGACAACACCGACUUGUUAGCAUCCUCAGAACCUUUUGGUAGAAAACCCUCACUGCCGGCCAAGCCAAGUGCCUUUGGCAGCGGAGAUCCGUUCUCAAAUACUUCUAAACCAAACAAUUCAGAUGUGUUUGGGUCAACGGACCCCUUUCGCAGCAACUCCUUUAACAGCAAGGGCAGCGGGUUUGCUGACUUCAGUCAGAUGACAAAGAAAUCAGACAACCCUUUACUCCCAUCAAAGAAGAAUGUUCCUAACCGACCUGCACCUCCCUAUGGUUUGCUCAGUUCGGGUGCCCCAGAGCUGUUCCCGGGAAUCUGCCCCACAGCAGACACUAAAGAGUCUUUUGUUACGACAGACACGAGUAAAACGUUCAAAGGCGGUGCGGUUGGUUUUGCAGAUUUUGCCUCUUUUGGAAAUGAGAGCCAGCAGCUGGAGUGGGCCAAGCGGGAGAGCGAGCGUGAGGAGCAAGAGAGGUUGAGGAGGCUGCGGCUCCAGGAGCAGCAGGAUCUGGAGCUCGCCAUCGCUCUCAGUAGAGCCGACAUGCCCAGCGUCUGACCAGACUUGUCCCACCACAGCUUUUCAUUCCUCCUCUUAUUUGCCCUCUGUCUGCAGGCUCACUACACUAGCGGCGCUGACACAACUACCGGCUCCUGCUACCAAUUUGUAUAAGACACCAGUGUUCCUUUGACCAUGACUGGACUCAUGUAAAUGACUCCACUUUUAGCCACCAGUCAAGGUUCAAUGAUCCCAAACUACAUGGUAACUAUAAUCAGGGACAAUACAGAACCAGUCGACUCGAGCUUGGCUUCGUCCUGCAGCCACAUAGCCAUUUAACGCAACACAAACCAGAAGGGAUCUGGACUAGGACCUAAAUCCAACUUCAUAUCAUGUUCUGGUUAAAUGCUCAGCCUUAACCAAAACCCUGCAAAUACUUAGAAUAGAAUAUUUUACCGUUUUUAUUUGUGUUUAGAGCAACGGUUCUUUGGUGAACAACGGACACGAGUUACACAAAAUCCACAAAGUCAAAACUAUUCAAGCUGACUGUAAGCACGAGGUUAAAGUUUUUUUCUUUCACUUUCUGGAGACUUCUUCAUGCGUUGCACAUAUUCUGCAUAGGAACGGCAGGACUUUGUUUUAUUUUAUUACAAAGGUUACAAGUGUUCCCUUACAGUUGUGAUUUUAUCACACCUAUUUAUGGCCUUAAUGAACCGAGACAGAAGAAGUGUGGGAAUUCAAUCAAUGGGUUUUAGAGAAAGACGUGCAGGAAAUGUGUUUUUUUGUACUAACAUGACUUUGUUGAACAUUAAAUUAUUUCCUGCUUUUUGUUUUCUGCCAGGACUUGAGGACGCGCAAUAAUCACUGACCUUCUUUUAUUUAACAGCGUUGACUCUACGUAGAGUUCAGCAGCAGCAGCAACAACGUUUGUGUACAUCUGUCGUCGUCUCUCAUUGGUUGCCUUGCGGUGACGCCUGCAGAACAAAUUGCACCUCCUGUCCAACUCUAACCCUUUAAUAUCAAAUGGAGAAAAGUAUAAACUGUUUAUACUGGUGCUGUUACAUUUGGCCGUUCUCUUUUUCAGCUCUCCGGCGACUUCUUACUCACAUGCACAGUGACGUCUGCUUCAGCGUUUGUUUGUUGUUGUUUUUUUGUGUGUGUGUAUGUGUGUGUGUUUUUUUCUCCCAUCACUGUUACAUGAAGAUUUAUUUUAUUUUGUUUGUCGGUGUCUGAUGAUCCAGUUGGACGACGUCUGGCCUAGAAGUCAGUUACCCCGCAAAACAGAAACACUAAUCAGGUUUAUUUGGUACAUUACGGUAACACUGUACUAUUAUGUGGCUGGUUAGAGACACUCAAUCUUAUUUAUCUGCAUAUCACUAUUGUAACAUGUUAUUGCACACUAUGUAUGUGAUUAUAUGUAACAAAUGAGUACAGGUCUGGAGUUGUCAGAACUGUAAUCAGCUUUUAAUGAAAUAAAAUACAUUUUAACACUG